AUGGAGUUUGUGAAGAAGUGUAAGAAAGUAUUGGGUAGCAAGAGAUUGCACGCUGAAGAGAAUGAAAGUGGUAAGUUGACAAACGAGGAAAAGCAACAUUAUGAGAAGAAGAAUAUGCAUCGUGUGGCUCCAAAAGGUUGCAUUUAUGUAUACGUUGGACCCAAUAGCGAGAGAUUCCUAAUGAAGAUAAAGAUGGUAAACCACCCUUUGUUCAAGAAGCUUUUGGGUGAGAGUGAGAGAGAAUAUGAAUAUGAUUCAUAUGAAUAUGGGUAUAGAAACGAUGGUCCCUUAUGGAUCCCUUGCGACGUUCUCUUAUUCUCUGAGGCACUCAAGGUGAUGGAGAGCACCACAUGA